AUGACCCUCUGCGCCCGAGCUUCUAAAGCUUUCAAGGUACGCCUCCUCUCCUCCUCCUUCCACUCCGCCACGUCACCACCACCUCUCUCCUCCUCCUCCCACUACCGCCACCUCAUCUUCUCCUCCCUCCGCCAAUCCCCCUCCGCCUUCCUCUCCCCUUCCUCCUCCUCCUCCCACCGCUUCCGCCCCGUGAUUUCCGACCCCGACCUCCUCCUCCGCGUCCUCUCCCAAAUCCAAACCCGCCCCGCCAUCGCCCUCCGCUUCUUCCGCUGGGUCCAGUCCCACCCUGACGUCACCCGCUCCGAGUUCGUCUUCUGCGUAAUGCUCGAGAUUCUGGCCCGGAAUCACAUGGUGAGGUCGGCUUAUUGGGUCGUUGAGAAAGUAACCUCUUUAGAUAUGACACGCGCCGUCGCGAGUGUCUUCAUUCGGGACUACGUGUUUGCCAGAGUCUCGGAUGGGCUGCUUGAUUUAAUUCUAUUCGUUUGCGCUAAGAAGCUGUUGCUAGAGCAAUGCUUGUCGAUUUUUGAUGAUAUGAUAAGGAAUGGUGUGGUGCCGGAUGUGACUAACUGUAAUAGGAUUGUUAGGAUGCUGAGAGAUAAGGGAAUGGGAGGUAGAGCUAAGCAGGUUUAUAGGAUGAUGUGCGAGGCCGGGAUUAAGCCUACUAUUGUUACGUAUAAUACUAUGUUGGAUUUGUUCUGCAAGCAAGGGGAUGUGCGGGAGGCGGUUGGCCUUGUGUCGGAGAUGCAGAAGGUAGGGUGUGUUCCGAAUGAUGUGACGUAUAAUGUGUUGAUCAGCGGGUUGGCCAAGAAAGGGGAGAUGGAGGAGGCCGUGGGACUGAUGCAGGAUAUGGUCAAGGCCGGGUUGAGGGCUUCCGCGUAUACGUAUAACUCUUUGAUUUGUGAGUAUUGCAAGAGAGGAAUGCUUGAGGAGGCGUUGAGUCUUUGGGAAGAGAUGGAGGCUAGAGGAGCCGCUCCUACUGUGGUUACGUAUAACUCGAUAAUAUAUGGUCUCUGCAAGUGGAGCAGAGUUACUGAAGCCAAGGAUUGGUUUGAGGAUAUGUUAAAGAGACGAAUGUCUCCUGAUAUAGUUUCGUACAACACUCUUAUAUGUGGGUUUUGUAGGUUAGGGGACAUAUGGAAUGCUUUUCUACUGUUUGAUGAGUUGAGACACAGGGGUCUCGCGCCUACUGUCGUUACUUUUAAUACACUCAUGGAUGGUCUAUGCAGAUUAGGGGAGUUCGAGUUUGCUCUGCAGCUAAAAAAAGAAAUGGUCAAUCAAGGAGUUUCCCCUGAUGUUUUUACGUAUACUAUUCUUGUAAACAGAUACUGCAAGGCAGGAAAUUUAUCAAAGGCCAGGGAGUUAUUUGACGAGAUGUUGCAUAACGGACUGGAGCCGGAUCGCUUUGCGUAUAAUACUCGAAUAGUGGGGGAAUUGGAUCUUGGUGAUCCAUCAAAGGCAUUCAAUAUGCAAGAAGAGAUGCAAGCAAAGGGCUUGCCUCCUGAUUUGUUCAUAUAUAAUGUUUUUGUGGAUGUAAUAUGUAAAUUGGGCAACUUGAAGGAAGCAUAUAUCUUGGUGCAGAAAAUGAUACAUAACGAUCUUGUUCCAGAUCAUGUAAUAUUCACUAGCAUCAUUCAUGCUUACCUGGUAAAUGGCCGUCUCAGGAAGGCUAGAGAGGUAUUUGAUGAGAUGCUGAGCAAAGACAUACUUCCCUCAGUUGUAACUUAUACAAUAAUGAUCCAUGCUCAUGCCGCUAAGGGGAAACUGGAACUAGCGUCCAUGUACUUUUCAGAGAUGCAAGAGAAGCGUGUUUUGCCAAAUGUUGUAACCUACAAUGCUCUGAUAAAUGGUCUUUGUAAAGUUAUGAGAAUGGGCCAGGCUUACGAGUUCUUUACUCAGAUGGAGGAAAAGGGUAUACUUCCAAAUAAGUAUACAUACACUAUUCUAAUAAAUGAGAACUGCAACAUUGGCAAUUGGGAGGAGGCUUUGAGAUUGUACAAACAGAUGCUUGACAGAGAGAUCGAGCCCGACUUUUGUACACACAGUGCACUGUUUAAGCAACUACACAGAGACUAUGAACUGCAUGCAGUUCGUUGCCUUGAGAGUUUAAUUCUUGCCACAGAAGAAUCUAGCUAGUAAAGAACUGCUGAUUCAAUCUCAGCAAGGUUUGUCAACUCCAGGCAAAAGCUAUUCUAUUACAAGCUGCAUACAUUCGUUGGAGUUAUACAGCGAAUGAUUUGUUAAAUGGGUGCUGCUGAUGGGUGAGGUUGACAACCUGAAACUGAAAGGUUAAAUCCAUAAAUACCUCAAUUUUGUCAUUGCUAACCUAAAAGGAAAUAUACUUGAAAUCAGUUGAAUUGGAUUCUUUUCAUUAUUCAAAACCAAUUUUGUUGAAGAGUUGGCAUCAGUGUACAGAUGAAACUAACUGUAACAUAUUAUUCCAAAUAAAAUACCUGACAAGAUUG